AUGUUAGAAAAAAAUAAUAAAUCUUAUUAUAUUCAUUAUUAUAAUCACAGAGAAGAUCCAAAUAUUCCUUUCCCAAAUAUUGUUUAUCCGAACCCACCACCACCGCCAUUAAUUAAUAAAUAUUGUAAUUGCGGUAUUAUGAGUAUCAGGAAACAAGUGAAAUCAGGAAAGAAUCGGGGGAAAUUAUUUUAUAGUUGUAGUAAAUUUGGAACUUCUAUGCACGAUGAAAGAUGUGAAUUUUUUUGUUGGGAAGAACCAAGGAUGGUUAAUACACCUCUUAAAUUUUCAAGGCAUAAAAAAUCUUUGAAUGAUUUCUUUUGCAGAAAAUAUGAAGAAAACACAACACCUACUAAGCCAUCUCAUGCAUCACCAGUAAAAACGAUUUCUCAAUUAUAUAAUUCUAGCAAGUAUACUAGAAGUAACAAACCCAAAUAUACUUGUGAAUUAAACACCACGUCAACAAUGAUUUUGGAUAAAAAAAAAUUUGAUCGGAUGUCACACGAGGAUAGGAUAAUCAAGGGAUUACAAGAUCCUGUAGAUAAUAAUCAAGAUAUUCAGAGUUACCUCAAAAGAUUGGAAAAGAAGCUUGAUGAUACUAAAAGAGAAUUGAACAGGACAAAAGUAGAGUGCAAUAACCUAGAGACCUCGAAUGUAGGGUUAAAGAGAAAGUUACAAGAUGAAAAGGAGAGAAACGAAUCUUUGGUUAAAUCAAACAAAAGAAUAAGAAAAGAUUUAAAUGAUAAAAACAAAAAAAUCUUGAGAAUGAUGCAACAGGAUGCAUAUAAAUGA